AUGAUUGGGUUUGGUGCAAACAAAGGUAUCAUUCCAAAUGUGUGCGAAGAGCUAUUUCAGGCAAUUGAGAACCGGGACAAAAAUCAAGAAUACCAGGUUACAUUCAGCAUGCUGGAAAUUUACAACGAACAGGUAAGAGAUUUGCUAUCUAGGAUCAAGAAACCCGGAGGGCUAAAAGUAAGGGAGGACCAACAGCUGGGCUUUUAUGUGGAUGGUCUGAAGUCAGUGCCUUGUGAGAACUAUGCCCAGAUUGAAAGACUGAUGGAACAAGGAGCAAAAAUAAGGACCACAGCUUCGACCAACAUGAAUGCCAGCAGCAGCCGGUCUCACAUGGUCAUCACUAUUCAGUUCAAACAGGUUUUCCUAGACAGAGACCUCACCAAACAGUCCAGUAUUAACUUGGUAGAUUUAGCUGGAAGUGAAAGGCAGAAAUCUUCAGGAUCAGAAGGAGACAGACUGCGGGAAGGAUCACUCGUUAACCUAAGUUUAACCAAUUUAGGAAAUGUCAUCAGUGCUCUGGCUGAUGCCGCCAUGGGGAAGAAAGUCCUCCAUGUUCCCUACAGAGACUCUGUACUGACCAAACUGCUCCAGUCAGCUCUGGGUGGGAACAGCAGAACUACUCUGAUAGCAGCGAUAAGUCCAGCUGACAUCUGCUAUGAGGAAACUUUAUCAACACUAAGAUAUGCUGAAAGAAAGGCUCCCAUUUUGACCAUUCGAGGCCAGUUUCCUGCCAGUCCUCUGGUAGUACUGCUCCAGCUGCGAAAGACCCAGGGCCUGAGUGUGUGUCCACCUUUGCACAGGGCUAAGAAGAUCCGGAACAAAGCUGUUGUCAACACCUCCACCCUGAUGAGGGAGUCCAGGGCAGAGAACGACAGACUGCUGCUUGGGUGUGGAAACUGCAGAAUAGCAGAGCUGCCAGCCUGUUUACUUGGGCCUCCCAGUGACCAGAUGAGCUGGGUGAACCAACUGGAGCAGGCCCGGCGGGAAUGGCAGCAGCACUAUGUGGCCAUCGCCCAGGAGCGGCAGAUGAAGAAAACCUUCCCCCACCUUCUCAACGUCAAUGAAGACCCGCAGCUCACGGGGGUUCUCAAGCACUUCAUUCAGGCUGGUUCGUGUGAUGCUGGUAAGGCAGCUUCAAACACCAUUACUCUUCAAGGUUUGGGAAUUUCAGAUAAACAUGCUUCCUUCACGAAUUCGGGUGGUAAAGUGACGGUGACUCCAUACGGCAAAUGCAAGGUCAUCGUUAAUGGGGUGCCCAUCGCGACCAAGACAAAGCUGCAGCAUUUGGACCGGAUUAUUUUGGGAUCCAACAGCGCCUACCUUUACAUUGGGUUUCCUUCCGAGCGAGGCAGUGAGGACUUGAGCAGAUUUGAUUAUGACUUUUUCCAGCUGGAGAGAGCGGCUGCUGAGGGAGUGAGUGCUGACAAGCUCGGUGCUAUGAACAGUGGGGAUGGGAAAGCAGACCCCAGUGUCCUGGCUGUGUUCCAGGACUACGUCAAACUGAUGCCACUGGUUGCAGAAGCAAAUCAAAUGAGCGAAGAGCUGAAAAAGGGACUUAAUAUGGAGCUGAAGGUGAAGAAUUUAGCUUCAUCAGAUUCCAGGGGCUGUGACCUACAAAAAGAGGUCACGGUGAAGGUGACCCAUCAAAGGACUCAUCAGGUGUGGAUUUGGUCAAAAGCCAAAUUUAUCAAUAGGAAAUUCCUAAUGGAGGAACUUUACCAGCGUUUUCUUGAUGGAGAAGACAGCCAGGUAGCCCAGGAAGAUGACCCUUUCUGGGAUCCUGUCGAAGUUGUUCACCUGGGCUCCGCUCACAUCUGGCUCCAAUCUCUUGCCUACUGCAUGAAGUUCGAGGAACAAGUGGAAUUUCUGAACUGUGACGGACUGGAAGAGGCAGUGUUGCAUAUCCACAUAAACCCCUGCUCCCCGACAGGACGAGCACGUGGUGAGGAAGACGUGGUUACUGACCCAGUGGACCUGCUGGGCAAGAGGAUGGAUUUCCAGAUUCGCCUUGUGCAGUGCCUUGGCACCAAGUGGCUAAAGGAGGAUGCGGAGAGGGGUGUUCAGAUGGGGUACAGAAUUUAUGAUCUUCCAAACACUUUAUAUACCAAGCCUGUAUGGAAAAUUGUGAAUCCCCAAAUUGAUGAGACUGUCCAAUUUACAACCUUAAAUGCAUCUCAGGAGUUUCUGAAUUAUUUACAGACAAACGCUCUCAUUGUUGAUUUAUGGGGUCUUCAAGAAGGCUGUGCUGAACUGAGCUGCUCUCGGCUGGACCUCAUGGUCACAGGUGAAGGCCACAUCCUGGUGGACACGAAGAAAAUUUCCACGGCGAUGGAUACAGGUCAGAGUACGUCAAACCAGAUACCAGAGCUUUAUCUGAAGCUGCUCAAGUUAGAACAGGAGACGGAACUGCUCAGAAACAUAAACAGAGUCCUCAGAGAGGAAAAUGUGCUUCUUAAAGAAUCUAUUGAGAGAACCAGUUCUAGUCAACAAGCACAUCAGCCUUCCAGGACCCGAAAGAUCACCUGGAUGACAGCACAAGGGCCACUAGCCAGAGACAUUAAUCAAAUGUGCACCACCCAGCAAGUCAGCUACGACAGAGAAUUUGCCAGAGCUCUUAAGGUGUUCUACCAAAGCAUGAAUGUGGCCAGAGGGCAGUUUCUCAAACUGAGACAUUAUAAACCUCCUGAAGAUGAUCAAAUGCUUCGGCCAUUUGUACACCAACAGUCACAAAUGUUAAAGGACUUUGGGGACUUACUUGAAUCCAGCUUGUGGAAACUGAAAAAUGAUGUUGCUCUUAUAGUGAAACAGAAGAAAGAAUGUUUAUUGCAUGCGGAAUAGUGUUCAUUUCAGUUGCUCAGUCCUGUCCGACUCUGUGACCCCAAAGACUGCA